AUGUUUCCGGCCUACGCUGAACCUGCCCCUGCAGAAAGGGAAGAUGGUGAAUGUGACGACGACAGCAACUACUCUUCGUUCGAUCCGCAAAGAAUAUUGGAAGCCCGCGCUCUAAAGGAAAAAAGAGCAAAAGAAGAAAAGAUGCGUGAAAGGAGGAAAAAUGAGGCCGCUAUUCGAUAUAUAUACAGCGAUGACGACGAUGAUGAUGAUGUGCAAGUCCACGUUGAGUCGCCUGCGCUUCAUUUCGCUCCAAUCAGCGUUCCUAAGGUGGAUUUACCAACUUCUAAGAAGAAGAAGAAGUCCAAAAAAUCUAAGCGGCGAAAUCAAAAGCAGAAGCGAGUGAAGCGAACGAGAACUCCUUCCUCAUCAUCGAGUUCGCCGGAUUCCUCUGAAGAUCGCAGCAGUCGAAAGAAGAAAAGUCGAUCGAGGCGCUCUUCCAGUAGCUCUUCGGCAUCUUCUAGUGGUUCCGAUGAACAGCGUAAGAAGAGGAAAUGCCCUGAGGCGCCAAAGCUCGUUUUGGUGCGUGUUGUUUGUUUUCAAAUUCUCGUCCGUGUUCCACCAUCACUUUCAAUUUCUUGGUUAUAA